CGAGAUUGUGGGGGACACUCGAUCUACACGCCUUAUAAGUUGAAGAGGAACCGACGUCGCUUCCUUGACCCGAGUUCAAAGAGGUCAACGCAAUGGCGUCCCAUGAAGAACGUGAGCGCUUGCUCUUCAUGGCCAAGCUCGCCGAACAAGUCCACAGAUACGACGAGAUGGCAGACUCGAUGAGGAAGCUGGCGCACCUCGACGUGGAGCUCACCACCGAGGAGAAGAGGUUGCUGUCGGCGGCGUACAAGGAGGUGGCCACGGCCAGGAGGGACUCGUGGAGGAACCUCGCCUCGAUCGACGACGAGGACGCGAAAGCGAAGGGGCGCUUCUUCGGGGUGAUCAGAGAGUACCGCCGGAAGGUGGAGGCGGAGCUCGCGAGCAUCUGCAACGAUGUGCUGGCCAUGGUCGACGACCACCUCAUUCCCUCCUCGUCCGACGCCGAAUCGUCUGUCUUCUACCACAAGAUGAAGGCAGAUUACUAUCGAUACCUCGCAGAAUCCAAGACGGGCAAUGAAAAGAAAGAGAUUGCAGACAAGUCGCUUAAAGUUUACCAGGCUGCUACCAAAAUAGCUGAAAAAGAGCUAUCUCCGACAAAUCCAAUUCGCCUGGGUUUGGCUUUGAACUUAUCCGUUUUCUAUUACGAGAUCAUGGGCUCACCCGUGCGGGCAUUCCAAGUAGCACAUCAGGCUUUUGAUGAAGCCAUCUGUGGGAUCGACUUGAUGGAUCCAGAAGAACCAUGCAAGGAUAGCACUUUGAUCUUGAAGUUACUGAAGGAUAACCUCGCUUUCUGGAUCUCUGAUGUCAAUACGUUCGUAGACUAGUGAUGUAAGUUCUCUAUGCC